GUUUGUCCAUAAGAGUUUUGAAGUGCUUGCCACGCUAUGCUAUCAGCAAAUGCGCACUGUUACAUGCAAACUUUCAGUAUACCCGAGGGAAAGCAAUCGUAAAACGCGGGGCUAUGUUAGUCAGUCGAUUUCUUUAAGACUGAUAACACCUUUUCGCUCUGAGUUCUCUGCCAGAAGUUCAGUUCGACUGGUCGACGUAACAAUCGCAUCGAUGGUUCAGACAGUUAAAUCAUCAUACUUUACUGCACCGAUGGUCAAGAAAACGCGUGAACGCCCAAACGUGGAUAGGACGUUCGCCGACUGAGCAUGAAUACAUCGAUGAUGAUGAAAAACCAUCUUUCACUUUCAGGUCACUAGAAGGAAGCUUCAUAGUUAAAACCCUCGAAGUGUUUUGACAGUAGAGCUAGGGCUUAUUAUUCGAAGGCCUCUCGUCUUAAGAAGUGUGGAAACGGCUUUAUCUUUACAUAAUUCGGCUAAGGUGGCACUGGACAGCAGCAUUCAGUACGCCGGUCCGACAUGUUCUUAAAGAUUCUACUGGUGUUUGCUGUGUGCGGAUAUGGGGCGUGGAUUCGCAGAUGUAUAGCAUUUGGAGGCUCUGGUAGUGACGCCGCGGAAGAUGAACACGGCUCUGGAGAUCAUUGCUAUCUGGACUACAUCGAGGUUGUUGAAUGUCCCGAGGGUUCAUGUAUACCACUAUCCUGGGUCUGCGAUGGUCAAGACGACUGUAACGAAGGCUACGACGAGUCAUUUUGUGAAAGUGAUCUUUGUGAUGUGAAUCCAUGCCACAAUGGCGGGACGUGCGUCGCCUUAGCCAACGAGACUUUCUGUGUUUGCCCCAGCUUGUUCUACGGUGAUUUCUGUGAACAUGAUGAUAUCUGUGGAGACAACCCUUGUGAGAAUGGUGGCAUUUGCUAUCCGACACCAUGGUUGAUAGGUACACCCUACGUGUGCGUCUGUCCCCCAUCUUGGAUAGGAGACCACUGUGAUGAAGAAAGUGUUAGUUGCAGUAGCGAUGUAUGUGACAAUGGAGGGACUUGCCUGGAAAGUACCUCGUCACCAGGCUCGAUUCAUUGUGCCUGCCCACUUCCGUUCACUGGCCAGUUUUGUGAAUUCGAUUCCACUACAGACACCUGCGCAAGCAACCCAUGCAUGAAUGGUGGAAGUUGCUACACGGCGCCAUGGCUGGACACUGCCUACGAAUGCAUAUGCCCAUCCCAAUGGACUGGCCACAACUGUCAGGAGGGAGCUUACAGUUGCAGCUACAAUCUGUGCCGUCAUGGAGGGACAUGUUUAGAAAGUAGCUCGUUGCCAGGCUCCAUCCACUGUGUCUGUCCGCCUUCGUUCACUGGCCAGUUUUGUGAAAUCGGUGACCUGUGCAUCAGCAACAUCUGCUUGAAUGGAGGGACAUGUCACUGGGACCACUCAGUAAACUCGCUGUAUUGUCAGUGCCCCGAUAUGUUCUCCGGCCAGUUCUGCGAAAUCGAUCUGAGUUGCAGCAGUUUGUGCCUGAACGGAGGGACAUGCUUGACAGACGUCUCGUCUGGCUCUACAUUUUGCCUGUGCCCGCUACAAUUCUCUGGCCAGUUCUGUGAAAUAUAUACCUCCACCAAUGCCUGUGAUGACAAUCAGUGUUCAAACGGUGGAACUUGCUACCCGACGCCGACCACGAGCACUCCGUACACCUGCGUAUGUCCACUCGGGUGGACCGACAAUUUCUGUGAAGAAAGAGUUUCCACCUGCUUGUUUGUGCCGUGUCUUUACGGAGGAACGUGCGACACUUCCGCCAAUGGUGGCUGUACCUGCCUCGAUGGUUACACGGGCACAUACUGCGAAACUCGACUGCCUUGCACAAUAUCCCCAUGUGAAAACGGUGGGAGCUGCCUCAACAUUGGGGACUUCAGCUUCUGCUCGUGCACCUCAGGAUACACUGGCGUAUUUUGCGAGGAAGAAUUGACCUGUGGGGAGUCCGGCUGUGUUAACGAUGGCCUCUGUGUUCUGUCUCGGGGCGACGGUGUUGCAAGUUGCAUAUGUAGACAAGGCUACACAGGAGAGUAUUGUGAAACAGUCAUGGCUUGUGCUGCGGUAUCAUGCCAAAAUGGCGGCACAUGUGUCGCAUCCGACGAUGGGGCUACUGCCUUUUGUGUGUGCGCAGAUCAGUUCACCGGACAGUUUUGCCAAUCAGCACUUAAUCCGUGCAGCAGUUCGCCUUGCGGAAACCGCGGCACUUGCAGCGCUGUAACUUCAGACAGUGCUAACACUUAUGCCUGCAGCUGCUUUGACGGGUGGACGGGCCCUUCCUGCGAGCUCAGCUCAGAGGGGUCGACGGGAUUGGCCACAGGUGUGGCUAUCGGUGCAGCAGCGGGUGGAUUGGUGGUGGUCCUGAUCAUUGUUGCCAUCGUGGUGGCUGUUUGCUGUUGCAUGGUUAGAAAAAACCACAGCCCUCCUCCACAACUCAGUGCUGGACCAGCAGCCACGGUCAGCAAUCCCCGGUACUCCUCUGAGCUCAAGCCACCCAAGUACGGGGACAAGAGCAGCGUACCGCCCCCACCCUAUGAGUACAUGGACCCUAUCUCUGCCCCUGGCGUGCAGGUGCCCCCUCGUCCCACCAGCCCGACCUCCUCGGGGUACCAGAUGCCCAUGCAACCCCUAUCCACAUCGCAGAAGAAACCUGCUAUGUCCUUGCGGACACCUGAGGAGGAGUAUGCGUAUGCGAACAACGUUUACGAGGAACUGGACGCCGAGUCCCAGAUGUACGUGGAACCUAAUUCCCAUGAUGUCAACAAGAAUAGCUCGAAAGGUGACCAGGCCUACAUGGACCUGACUGAGUAGUUUCAAACUUGUUUCCCUUUCCACAGAUAGUGCAGUGGUUUCUUUCCAAAUUGCAGCUUUAUUUCUCUCUCCAGUUUCACCUGAUUUUUUUUUCUCCUGCCACCCUCCUCCCCCCC